AUCAAAUCCACACAAUCAAAUUCACACACACACACAUAAACACACAGUGAAGUCUGCAGAUUGAAGUUAUUCGAGUGUGGUGGAAUAAGACCAACCUAGACACGCAAACAGAGGGAAGCGAAGACGGGAUUCAAGGAUUGAGCUCCACCUCAACUCACAAAUCGCCUCUCUGCUGAACUAAUUUCGCAUUUUCUCUACCCAAUUAUUGAUUACUCCAACAUGGGUUGAUUGCGAUUUUGGGCGUUUGACUCAUUUCCUGCUGCAAAAUCUUCGCUUGGGUUUUUCCUCUUCUGGCUCAGAAUAACUGAAUCAACGGAUCAAAUUGUGAUGCCUUUUCGGGCAUUGAAAUAGUAAAGCUUCGAAGUAUCCAGUAAACAGCAUUUUCGGAAACAUCAUGAUUCCGAGCGGCACCUAUGAAGGCAUUUAUGAGGGCCACAGUUCAGAUAACGAUGUUGCUCCAGAGAUUAUCGAAUAUAGAGCAUCUCCUCAUCGGAAGAUCUCGUCUUUUAAUGGUCCGAAACGUGGCAUGACAUCAAAUACAGCAGUACACGAGCUUCUUGAAUGCCCUGUUUGUACGAAUGUAAUGUACCCCCCAAUUCACCAGUGUCCAAAUGGCCAUACUCUAUGCUCGAAGUGCCAGUCGAAGGUGCGGUGUUGCCCAAUUUGUCGUCACGAACUUGGGAACAUAAGAUGCUUAGCGUUGGAACGAGUAGCGGAGUCACUUGAACUGCCGUGCAAGUACCAGAUCCUCGGGUGUCAGGACAUUUUCCCCUAUCACGGCAGGUCGAGGCACGAACAGAAUUGCCGGUUUCGUCCCUACAAGUGCCCGUACGCUGGCGCAGACUGCCCCAUCAGCGGCAGCAUCCCUUUCCUCGUAGACCAUCUCAAGCGAGACCACAACGUUGAUAUGCACGACGGGUGCACUUUCAACCACAGAUACGUGAAAUCCAACCCCCAGGACGUCGAAAAUGCCACCUGGAUGCUGACCGUUUUCAACUGCUACGGCUACCAGUUCUGCUUGCACUUCGAGGCCUUCAAUCUCGGGAUGGCGCCCGUGUACAUGGCGUUCAUCCGUUUCAUGGGCGACGACCACGACGCUCGCAAGUUCAGCUACAGCCUGGAAGUCGGAGGAAACGGGAGAAAGAUGACGUGGCAAGGGGUCCCGAGGAGCAUUCGUGACAGCCACACGAAAGUUCGGGAUAGCAUGGACGGGCUGAUUAUCCAACGAAGCAUGGCGCUGUUUUUCUCCGGUGGCAGCAGGCAGGAGCUGAAGCUGAAGGUGGCGGGGCGGAUAUGGAAGGAAGAAGCGUAGGGAGAUCAUCGGCCGAGUGGUGGUGCUCGGCUUCAACCGGGGCCGAGGCGCGCCGUCGAAUACAAGGAGGCAAAGGAAGAGGACUUCUCAUGAUUGGUGAAGGGCUUUACUUAUUUAAUCUGUACAUGAAACUCAGAAUGAUGUGAGCUAAUCCUUUAAACUUGUUUAAUCUCAAUGGAUCAAAUUAACCACCAAAAAUCUGUUGUAAAACCUUGGUGGAUAACUUUUGCAUAUCAGUUUGAAGUCUUCGACUUGUUUCUACA